AUGAAGCUUUAUUUGGGUACAAAACCGGAGCCUGUAGUAGGAUCUGGUGCUUCCUCAAGUACACGUCCAAAAACAUCUUCAAAAAGACCCUCUUCAGGUUCUGGUCCCUCUUCAAGGAGAUAUUUGGGGCCACAGCUCCGGACGGUAUCAAGGGAAGCCAGAAAAAAUCUUCCUCCGGGCUCUCCUUCUUUUUCAAGCAAACCUGAAGAAGAUAGAUAUGAUUUGUUUUAUAAGGAAGGUAUAGUCGCAAUGCUGCUUUUGCAGACAUGUGGUCAAAAAAUUAUUAGGAAAAUUGAGACCGAUCCUCCGAAACAUGUUGAAGAUGUGACAAAGAAAGUUGGGGCUCUUGCUGUGGCAUUUGGCGGCAACCAGAGAAGACUUGAGAAGCUCGGGGAGAAGCAAGAAGAGUUUAAGGACUAUAUGAAAAAUGAAGUUAAUAGUUCAAGGGAUGAGUUAAAAAAAAUCCAAAAAGACACAAAGGAAUCUAUUAUGCUUCUCGGUUCUCAAAUCAAUGAAAAUCAUUGCAAACUUGAUGAGUUAACUUCUCUUGUUAGAAACAUAAACCGCCUUCCAUUGCGAAUUAGGCAAUAUGUUUUUCUAUAG